AUGAAGCAGGAGCAGCUUGACGAGAUUGAACAACUAGAGAGCGACGCCAGAGAACUGUAUCCCUAUCUUGUCAGCGAUGAAAAACUGAGUACCAUGCGGUCAGUGGAGCCUGCUGAAGGUCCCAGUGUCGCCGAGGUGACGGAGGCCGUCGGCGUCACUCCUCCCUGGGUCCACUUUGUCGCCGGUGGCAUCGGUGGUAUGGUGGGGGCAGUGGCGACUUGUCCUCUUGACGUGGUCAAGACCCGGUUGCAGCUGGAUAUGUAUACCAAAGCCUACAAUCGUCUCCCCAAAUCCCACAACCCGAUCGUGCAGGCUUACCAACACUUUAGUGAGACGUUCUCGCUCAUCAAAGGUCUUUACGUUCAGGAAGGUCCCCGGGCCCUUUUCAAGGGGCUUGGUCCCAAUUUGGUGGGAGUUAUCCCUGCUCGGCUGAUCAACUUCUUCACUUAUGGUGCCACCAAGCACUUUAUCCAGCAACACACUGAUAACCCUGAGGCGACCUGGGUACACUUAUUACUGGGUAUCAAUGCCGGGUUCGUUACCCUGACGGCUACCAACCCCAUUUGGUUGAUCAAGACCCGGUUGCAGCUUGACAAGUCCACUGCUCGUCAAUAUAAGCUGCUGUGGGAGUGUCUUACCAGUGUCAUCAAAAACGAAGGGUUUACUGCAUUAUAUAAGGGGUUGCUGGCAUCAUACUUGGGUGGGGUGGAGUCGACAUUGCAAUGGGUGCUCUACGAGCGCAUGCGUCUAUUUAUUCACAAGCGGAGUAUCGAACGUCACGGGCUCAGUGGUGCCAACAAAACAAUGCUGGACCAUGUAUUCGAAUGGGCGGCCCGCUCUGGGGCAGCCGGGGCGGCUAAGUUCAUCGCGUCGUUGAUUACUUACCCUCAUGAAGUGGUAAGAACGAGAUUGAGACAAGCGCCGUUGGAAAAUGGUAAGCCCAAAUAUACGGGGCUUAUCCAAUGCUUCCGUCUUGUGAUCAAGGAGGAAGGAUUGGCGCUGAUGUACGGGGGGUUGACCCCUCACUUGUUGCGUACGGUGCCAAACUCAAUCAUCAUGUUUGGUACCUGGGAACUCGUGGUGAGACUCUUGUCGUGA